UUUCCGGUAACUGGAAUUAGAGAAGAGGCAACUAGACUAGCCGUAAAGUUAUGGAGGAGAGUCCUAAUCUCGAUCCCUCUAUGGCCACACCGAACUCUUGCCCGGCCCUUAGCCAUUUUCUAAAAUAUACCAUGGCCUCUCAUACUGAUUCCUUUUAUUUUGCUAAUGUGAUUGAUUAUCAUUUUAUAUUGGAAUAAGUAUUUCUGUUUUUGCCAUGGUCAAUGAGAGGAUUUGAUGACCGGUCAACUGGGAUAGUUGGAUGACUGGUGUUCCAAGUUUGUGCUCUAAUUUUUUAGUAGCAACAAACAUAAUGGUUGGUACAGAUAAAACUGUAGAAGAAGCAUAUAGUAUAUGGAAAAUUCUUAGGUAAGAUGAAAAUGACAUCAAGUUUGAGUUCAUGGGAUCCCACCUCUCUGAAGCUUUUCUAGACGUGUGCCCCAGUAUUAGCACCAAUCCUUCAAAUCUUAGAAAAACCAGAGAAAUUACCAAACCACCAACCCUUAACAACAUCAUCAUCAUCAUCAUAUCUUUUCUUUUCCUUUGCCCAAAGUUCAUCAAAUGCACCAAAACCCCAUCUUUCUUCUACCAAUCGGAGGCUUAAACUUGUUUCUGAAGCUCAAUCUCAAACAUUGUCAUUAAGAAAUGAGAUUGAAGACAUUGUUUUACUUCCAAGCCAAGGUAAUGGAACCCUGUAGUAAACUUUUAUCCAUCUUCAAGCAUAAAUGUGAAAAGCCUUCAAUGUCUUCUUCUUCUAGGAGUCCUACAUUCCGUUUGCCAACACGGCGAACAAAACCCAAAAAAACCAGAACUGUCAGGUUUAGAAAACCCUUCUCCCUAAAGGCUCUCAGCUUCCCCCGUUGCCGGCCAAAGAACAAGAAAUACCGGCUACGGAAAAGUCGCCCUUCCCUCUCCUCGAAAUUCAGAAAAACAUUCCGUCGUAGAAAGAAGAACGAGAGAACGCCAAAGCCUGUCCAAAAGGUGGUGAUGGGGGAUGUUAGAAGUGUGAGUCCAUCAUCAGGAGGAGGCCAUGCUAAAGAGCCAUUCCCGUCGCCUAUAACACCUGGUUAUUUGAGAAUAAUCAGCGACAGUAAGAAAGCGAGCUCUGACGAUCUGGAGGAGGAGGACGAGGUUGAAGAUGCGUGUAAAAGCUUCGAGAGUUAUUUAAUGGAGAUGAUUGUUGAAGAAGGGAAAGUGAAAGACUUGAUGGAUGUUGAAGAGCUUCUAUACUGUUGGAGGAAUCUGAAAAGUCCGGUUUUCGUGGAUUUGGUAAGUAGGUUUUAUGGAGAGUUAUGCAGGGAUCUGUUUUCUUCUUCUGAAGAGACUGAGAGUCAGCAGACCAGUAUCUCAUCAGAAUGAUAAACAUUACAUUUAGUAUUCUUCUCAAAUUCAUCUCUUGAUUUUCGAUGUCUCUAAUGCUUAAAAGGUCUAUUGUUGUCAUACACUGUAUGCCGUUUUACACAUUUGUAAUCUGAUGGCAUAAACAUUUUAGAGAUCCUCUUUUGUUGGUUACUAAAGCAA